ACGAAACUUACGGAAGACGAAACCCCUGAUGAAGGACAAGAAGACCAGACCCCUCCUUCACAAAAAUUCAAGCCUCUUAUGACACAAAUUAUAUUAAAAAAAAUUUGGGGAUUUGGUCCAUUUAUAUCCGAUAUAUAUUUUAGAUUCUGGCAUUAUCCACUGACGAGAAUUUUUGAAAUAACCCAAUAA